CCUGCUAAGGUUGCAACGGCCGGAACGUGACCCGGGCCGUGCCGGAGCCGCCUGAGAGCUGAGCCGAGCCCUGCCCGCGCCGACCGAGGCCCGACCGGAUGGAUGCUGAGGGCCGGGGCGCGGACCGCCGAGCGGCCGUUGUAACAUUUUUCUCUUGUCCCAGUGUGUGGACAGUGCCACACGCCCUCCAGAACAGCAACGGCUCUUGCGUGCAUUUUCCAGUGUUUCUUUUGUCAGAGAGUCCAGCACAGCCGCCGCUCUUCCAGUGCUGGCCCUGAGCUGAGUGAGGAGCGUCCCACAGAUAUGGUGAAAAUGACCAAAUCCAAAACUUUCCAGGCAUACCUGACGAACUGUCACCGAACGUACAGCUGUAUCCACUGUAGAGCCCACCUGGCCAACCAUGACGAGCUAAUCUCCAAGUCCUUUCAGGGGAGUCAAGGGCGAGCCUACCUCUUCAACUCCGUGGUGAAUGUGGGCUGUGGUCCUGCUGAGGAGAGGGUCCUCCUAACCGGACUGCACGCCGUUGCUGACAUCCACUGCGAGAACUGCAAGACAACGCUCGGGUGGAAAUAUGAACAUGCCUUUGAGAGCAGUCAGAAAUACAAGGAAGGAAAGUUUAUUAUUGAGCUUGCCCACAUGGUCAAAGACAAUGGCUGGGAGUAACAUGGAAGCUGCUCGUUCCUGCUUGAAUACCAUUUUGUGAGUGCUGAGUGUAACGGAGACAUCCUGGAUAACAGGGUUUCUUGGACUUGGCAGUCCAGCUGGCGUCAACACUUGAAAGCCUCUCUGGGCCGUCCCUUUGAGUUAGGGCCCCUCCCAUCUGUGUCUCCUUCACUUACAUGAUUGUUUCUGAAAGUUUGCAUUUUCCCCCCUAACUUAAGUUCUAGAGAAAGAAUUAACUGAUGAUGACCUGCCUAGUCUUC